AUGGCGGAGGCGCGCGGCCGGGCGCUGGACGAGGCGGUGGACCGCUGGGUCGUCCUCUUCUACUGCCACCGGGCCGUGCAGGCCUUCCGCGCCGGGCGCAGCCAGGACUUCCGCCAGCUGCGCGACAUCCUCCACGCUGUGCUUGUGCGGCCCUUGGCUCUGGAGCAACGCAUUCAUCUUCAGCUGCGGAUUGUCCAGCUUCUGUCCCGACUUGAAGAGAACUGGACUACCGAUUCAGGAGCCGAGCAGAUGCCUUUUGAAAGUGCACUUGUUUUUCUGGAGACAAUGAAACGUGAACGCCAGCUGGAUGCAAAAGUCAUAGAGGAGCUGAGAAGAAAAAUAAAGGAAGCUGCUGUUAUUGCCUGUGUUAAGAACCAGGAAUUUGAAAAAGCCAACAGACUUCUGAAGAUGCAGAUGUCAAAGGACCCGAGCAUCCAGAAGACAAGAGUGGCCUUGCAGAGCAUCAUCCGAGAGAAGAACUUCGCUCAUCCAACGAUUUGGAAGUUCUCCUUCAAGGCCUUCCAGCAAGACGUUCUUCUCUGUUUGGAAGACUACCUGGAUGAUUCUGAGCCCUUCCUCCUCGAGAUGGCAAGAAAGAACUUGGCUGAUACAGAAGCCCCCAGGCUUAGUCCUUUGGGGGCAGCCAGCGAGGAGUUGGUGGUCUCAGAGGACACGGAGGAAGCGACUGGGUCGGCAGGAGCAAAAAAGGACAGAUCCACGGGAAGAUCCAGUAGGGAUUUGACCAAGCCCCUGAAGGAAGGUGAGGCCAGAGGCAGGAAGGAAGAAAGGACAGAGGCUUUGGCGGGAGCCAGUGAUGGGGACGCGAGGCUGCCCCCACCUGUGGAAGAGGUCCCCGUCUCAGAACCGGAGAGAGCAACGGAUGAGCGAGUGGCGGCUGCGAGUCAGAGAGCGGAGCCCCCUGGAGUUUCCGGGAGGGAGGAGCCUCCCCCUGCCCUGGAGACUCCCGAGGCUGUGGGCAGGUACCCCCACCGGAGGCCAGCCUUCCACACCCUGCCUGCUCUGAGAGAAGCAUUCAAGGCCCUGUGUGACUCCGCAGAUGCCGAUGCGGCUUUUGCCAAGCUGGACGAGACAGACUGGGCUUGUCCCAAGCAGAUUUCGGUGCCCCACCGAGCAAAGCGCUGCAGGGAGGAAGAGGAGGCACCCCCUGGCUCUCCUCCCUCGUUCCAGAAGGCGAAGUGUUUGGUGACCAUCAGCCGGCUGGUCCAGGGGUCUGAGACAGUGUGCUCCUGUGAUUUGUGUGCCAGUCCAGAAGCGUCACCGGAGCCACCGGGGACUCCAGUUGCCCGGCCUGCAGACGCUGAAACACCCACCUCGCCACGUAGUGCCCAGUUUUCAAGGCUGUCCAAACGGAGUGUGGGAGAAGAGAAGGAGACCUGGAGUGGGGAGGACGAACUCUUUGAACGCAUGUCUUCAGGGGGAGAGAGCACCAACACUUCCGUCAUGUCUGCAGCAAAAAAGCAGAAGUGGACUUCAGAGGAAACAGAGUGGAUCCGGGCAGGCGUGAAGAAGUUUGGAGAAGGGAAUUGGAAAGCCAUUUUCAAAGCCUACCGCUUUAAGAAGCGCACUCCCGUGAUGAUCAAGGACCGCUGGCGAACUAUGAAGAAGCUGGGUCUCAACUGAAUGAACUCUGGGAGAGCCGCGGAGGCUACCACGUGCUCUUUAAGUCCAUGUGGCCGAAGAGUGGCUCGGCAUGGCAUCCUCUGCACGGCCAGUGCCCUCGGGUGGAAGCUGGGACGGCCGCGCAGUGUUGCAGGAAGACCAGGGGCUCAGGUCUCUGGCCUUGGGAACAGCACCCACUGUGGUCGGGGCAGGAGCGUGACCACUUCCCUUGUCCUGUGGCCACCACAGUCCGUGGAGUUGCUGGCGGUUCCCCAUUGCUGGCUGAAUAGAAGAUUACUCCAGUUGUAACUCUGUUUUGCUUUAUAGUGAACUUCAGGGGCAGGGCUCAAGUUGCUGCUGGAGAAAGAGGGGUGGCCUCCCACAUUCUUCUUGUUACAAUCUAUAAAACUGUACAAAGAAAGACAUUUCCUU